AUGGUGGACAUCAGAGAGUGCUCGCCGGUGCCCGAGUCCGUGCCGGCGCACCCGGACCCCGCGUCCGUGUCCCCGGACGCGUGGCGGCGCUUCGAGACCGCCGCGCUCGCCGUGGUCAACAAGAUCCAGCCCACCGCCGCCUCCGAGCAACUCCGCGCUGCCGUCAUCGAGUACGUCCAGCGCCUCUUCUGGUUCCAAGCCCGGUAUCAGGUCUUUCCAUUUGGAUCUGUUCCAUUGAAAACAUAUCUUCCUGAUGGAGAUAUUGACUUGACAUUAUUCGGCCCAGCGAUUUCUGAUGAGAAUCUAGCAAAUGAAGUAUGUGCUAUUCUAAAAUCGGAAGAGCGAAGGAAAGAUUCUGAAUUUGAAGUCAAGGAUGUCCAUUAUGUCCCUGCUGAGGUCAAGCUGGUUAAAUGUUUGGUACAAAACAUUGUCGUAGACAUCUCAGUUAAUCAGAUUGGUGGGCUGUGCACACUAUGUUUUCUUGAGAAGGUCGAUCAAAACUUUGGAAAGAAUCACCUGUUUAAGAGAAGCAUAAUGCUUGUCAAAGACUGGUGCUAUUACGAAAGCCGUAUUCUUGGUGCCCAUCAUGGUCUAAUAUCCACAUAUGCCUUGGAGACUUUAGUUUUAUACAUUUUCCAUAUCUUCCACAAGUCUUUGGAUGGUCCAUUGGCUGUCCUCUAUAGAUUUCUUGACUAUUAUAGUAAAUUUGAUUGGGACAAUAAGGGGAUCAGCUUGUUUGGAUCUGUUUCCUUGUCUUCACUACCUGAGCUAGUUAGAAACUUUUACCGGAUACGCAGCGCAUUUGAUUUUGGUGCUCGUAAGCUUGGCAAGAUUCUUCAAGUGCCUUCUUGUCUCACUGUCAGUGAAGUCAAUCAGUUUUUCAGGAACACUCUAAAGAGAAACCGUACUGGUUUAAGGCCAGAUGUUUGGGUGAGCUCUUCUGAUCUUGUUACAAAUGAUCCUGUAUCAUCAGUCUUAGAUGUGGAAAGAGUCAACAAGGUUACGCCCAACAAUUCCUGCGAUGUUCUGUCUAAUCAUCUCAGUAACAUCAACAUUUCAGAUUCCAACAAUCAUGGCCCAGUAAAGCAAAAAGAAUGUAACUCUAUGGCUGACCACAAGGAGAUAAAAUCUGUUUCUUGGGGUUUGCUAGAUAGUGAUGCCACGAGUCACACAGCUACUGAUUCAGUAAGUUUAAGGGGUGGUGGUGACUUCUCUGAAGCUUCACCAACACCUAGUGAAACCUGUACCUUGCAAUCAGAAACCGGCAAGAAGGUUUAUGUUAGAAAUGACACAAUCCCAUCAUACCAUGGGGUUUCAGCAAAGCAGUUUCCAGGCAGGUCUCACCACUAUAUUGACAAUGCUAAGCAUAAUGCUUACUCCUAUUCUACUGGCUUAAUUGAUGGUCUGGGCACAUCUAAUUCAGUUUCAACAUCAGAUACACAACCUGGAGGUACCACCAAUGACACAGAGCCAAAUCUCACUGGAGAUUUCGAUACAAAUUUGCAUAAUCUUCUGUAUGCACGGGGUUUCCAUCAGGACAGUCCUACGACUCAGUUAUACUAUCCAAUGCCUAUGCCACCACCCCUGCAAUAUCAGAACAUGCACCCAUCAAAUGGCCAUGGCAGAAAAAAUCCGUAUGGAUAUGCUCGUAGGAAUGGAGUCGUCCCUGGUCCUGUUUAUCCACCUGGCUAUUUUGUGUAUAGGCCAUUGUAUCAAACAGAUGAUCAUAUGGCUACGAGGGCUCGUGGAACAGGCACCUACUUUCCUGACCCAAAUUUGCGCAAGGAAAGACCACCUCCCCCCCGCGGGGAGAGAGGAAGGAAUCAUUCCCAUCAGAAUAAUUAUCAAAAGUUUCACCACCAUGUCCGACCGGAUAUGCCUGUAGAUAUGAUACCUUUUGACGAAUUGAGGCAUGAGCCACCACUGCAGAUAUACGCUCCUAGUGCAAAUGAUCAUGGAAUCCCAUCUCCAAUGAAUAUACUAAUACCAUCACCAUCUUCCCAGUCUCCAAGGGAUCCUUUGAAUGUACCAAUGCAUUCUCCAUCUUCCCAGGUUCGAAAGGAUAAUUUUCAUGGCAAUGGUUUUAUGCUCUUGCAAGACAGUAAACUUGAGUUUGGGACCUUGGGGGCGUUGCCAAGGGAAGUUGCCUCCAAAGAGCAUGCUAGCAGAUCAGGUUCUGCCUCCAACAAUCAAGGUUCUGGGCCUGUGACUGUGAGUCCCAUGUCUGUGGCGAAAAACACUGGAAUGGGUCCCAAUGGAAUGAGGAAUGUUCAAGUUCAACCAUACCGUCUCAAGGACAGUGGUGACUUCCCGCCACUAUCCAGUUGA